UAAAAAAAAAAAACAGACAAUGGAAGAAGAACUAAAAAGUGACAUGAACGGUGACGAAAUCAUACCAAAAAAUAACAACAACAACAAUCACAUAAAUCACGAUACAACAAAGUUAGUUUUGACAAUUAAGGUGAACGACGAAACCGAGUCACUGAAAAAUCGCAGUGAAAAUGAAAAAAUAAUUCACGUGAAUGGAAGUACAGAAAUUCAAAUUGUGAAACCAUCGCAAGCGCCAAUAACGAACAACAAUGGCUCAUCUUCAAUCAGCAGCAUUCCAAUAAACAUUCCAAAUAACGAAAAUGACAGUGACGCGAACGAGGAAGAAGAGUUUGACUUUAGUUCGAGCGAUUUCGAGGAUGCACAAGAAGACAUGAGUGCCGCUUCAGAAAUCCGUUCAGAAGAGAUCUCAGAUGUGAAUUUGACCGUUGGCGAAGGUUCUGACAUGAGUAUUUUACAAAGUCCGGGUCCGCUGCAAGCGUCAAAGUCGAUGGAUUUGACGCCAGUUGACAUUGAGGAGGAGGAAACGCAAAAUUUAUCCGGUAAUCGAUCGAGAUCCAUUGACGAGAGUGAAAGUAGGACCGAAGAUGAUGUCUUAAUUUCAGAAUUUUUUGGGAAAGCGAACGAAAUAGCUGAAGCAAGACUUGCGGCAAGACGACAAGCGAGAGCAGAAGCCCGUGAAAUUCGAAUGCGAGAGCUGGAACGGCAACAAAAAGAGCAAGAACAAAACGCGGACCGGCAAUUUGACAUGCAACAGCAGUCAGCGACUGCAAUAGAUCCUGUUUCACGUAGUAGGCUAGUCGCAGCUAAUUCAUUAAGGAUGAAUAACAACACGCAGAACUCGCGGAGAAGCAGCGAGGACUCCGUCGAAGAUGAAAAUCGUAGUUUACGGGAUAUGCGGCACGAAUUGAAGGACGUUGAAGAACGUUUCCGCAAAGCAAUGAUCACAAAUGCUCAACUGGACAAUGAACGGGCAUCACAAACAUACCAGAUACAGCUGCUCAAAGACAAAUUAGAGGAUAUGGAAGAGACGUAUGCGCAACUUCAGCGGGAAUAUAGAGAAAAGUGUCGCGAUCACGACGCCCUGAAACGACAAAAUGACAAAUUGUCCGAGGAUUUGCGAUUAACGGCGGGUCAGUUGCACGAACGUGAUACUUUGAUUGCGGAACAGGGGCUGACAAUCGUUUUAAUCGAAAAUGAGGAGGGCACAGAUGCCCGACGUGCUCUAGUCAGUGUGGAGAAUGCACAUUUGUUAGGAACAGUUCAAGGAUCGUUAGACGUGCGACUCAGGAGAUUUGCUGAAGAAAAAUCAGAACUUCAGGAAGAAAUUACGAAACUCAGACAACAGUUAAACGACACCAAACACAGAGGACGACGCAGUGGAUCAAUGAAUGGCUCCCUUGAAGAUGAUGAUUUAGAAGAUGCUCAAAGAGAAGCUAACAAGCUCCUAUCGGAAUACAAAUACAAAUUACAAAAAGCUGAACAAGAAAUUGCGAGCCUUCAAGCGAGCUUAGCGAGAUCAGAAUCACAAGUUAUUCGGUAUAAAAGUACAUCGGAAGCUGCAGAAAAGGCAGAGGCUGAUUUGAAGACCGAACGACGAAAAUUACAAAGAGAGAAUCGUGAAGCCAUGGAACGCCUUGAGGAACUUGAAACAGCGAAUAAUCACUUGUUGAAGCGCUUAGACAAAUUAAAGAAUGCAAAAAGUGCCCUGCUGAAGGAUCUCUGAUGAUUUUGUCACGAGAGCUGCUACGUAAUUUAAUGCCAAUAGAUGAAUGUCAAACUGAAGGUCCUCAUUUCACCUGCAAAACAAAAAAAAAAAACGCUUUUUUAUCAAAAUCAAUAUUUAAGUGUAAUAUUGUAGAUUUUUUAAAAGGAAAGGAUAAACAAAAGAAAAAACAGCCCAGCCAUAAAAAUAUACAUUUAGUAGUGUUAACAACCUAAAAGUAAACUAUUAUACUUAAAAUUAGGAAAAAAAAAACUUUUUUAGGAGUAUUUAUUAAUUUAUAUAAAAGAAAAGAAAAAUGACGAUGUGUAUUAUAUUUGGAAAGACAGUUUGAAAAUUUUAAAUUUAAUUUUUUUCUUCUUAUUUUCAUCAAGAAAACCUUAACUUAUUAAUUUAUUUUGUCAUAAAAAAUAUUUAGUUAGGACCAAUUUUCGUUCAAUGAGCUUUAACAUUUUUUUUUUAUUUUACUAUAAAAAUCACAUUAUUGUUACUACUACUAUUACACGACCACCAUAUCAUUUUAGGAUUUAAUUUUAUUUUUUAUACAACACACAAAAAAAAAUCAAAAAAGCGUGCUUAUGCCAUCCAAACAUUUUAGCUCGUGUCAUAUAUUUAGUACUCCAGAAGAAUUAGAAAUUUUUAUAGAGUUAUGUUUUUAAAGCCCCGUUUUACUUACUCCGAAAUGUAUGAGCAAAUUUUGUUAUAUUUAAAUAAAUAAUUAAAAAAAGAUGGCGUCUAUUAAGGCACAUUGAUGAAUAGAACUACAUGAAAAAAAAUACCUAU